AGAUGACAUGCGCGCAACUUUCGGUAGUAGAUAUCAGAAAGUUUCGAAGUGCUGCUCUGUAGCGGAUAAGUAAAAAGGUUUUAAAUAUGGCGAGUGUACCAUAUUUAGGAAGUAAAAUAAGUUUAAUAUCUAAAUCUGAGAUUAGAUAUGAAGGCAUACUGUAUACUGUCGACCCUAAAGAAUCUACUGUAGCAUUGGCGAAAGUUAAGUCAUUUGGAACAGAAGAUAGGCCAACUGAUAGACCUGUACUCCCAAGAGAUGAAGUUUAUGAAUAUAUAAUCUUUAGAGCUAGUGAUAUUAAAGAUUUGCAUGUUUGCGAGCCUCCCAAGUCUCAUCAUGGAUUGCCACAUGAUCCUGCAAUUGUUCAGCAUUCACAGCCUAUAUCUUCUCAACCUCUAUCACAUUAUGCAUCUCUACCUUAUGGACAAGCAUUCAACAAUCUUCUAGGGUUAUCUCAAUUUCAACAUUAUCCUACACAAGCAAGUUAUCCUCAAAUACAUCCUCUUCUACCUACAAAUCAUUAUUCAGGUUCAGCUCGAACAUCUAUUGGAUCACAAAGGAAAAGUCCGACAUCUGAUGCUGGAGUGCAAGUGUCUGUUGGUAAUGAUCUCGUUAGACCAUCUAGAGAUCCUUUGAAGCCUCGAAACAGGGAUCAACCAUCGAAUUUUCAAAAUAGACGUAGAUCUUCUGUAAAUCGGCAGCAAGGCAACAGAAGAAGUAAUGUAUAUAGCUAUGUGCCUAGACGUGGCAGAGGAAGGUCGAACAGUACAGCAUCAGUAGAAAAAUUUGAAAAUGAAUACGACUUUGAACAGGCAAAUGCAGAAUUUCAGGAGCUAGAGAAUAAAUUAUCAAAAUCUCUUGGUGAUAACAAUAUUGACUCUUCAGGUACUGAAGAUACACCUGGCUAUGAUAAACAAAAAUCCUUCUUUGAUGACAUCAGUUGUGAAGCUACUCAAAGAAGUAAAGGCUUGCCUCGGUUUGAUUGGAGGUAUGAGCGGAAGUUGAAUAUGGAGACUUUUGGAGUUUCUGCAAAUAAUGCCUGGCUUCGACGGCGCCGAGGCAGAGGUGGCUUUCGCAGAGGAUUUAGGGGUCGUGGUGGUUUCGUUAGACCUACAGAAACUCCAGUUCAGAAAACGGUUACUUUUGAUGAGACUCCUAAUGUAAAAGAAGUUGAAGUAGUCACUCUAGAAGCGAAACCAGAUCCAAUGCCAGUUAUUGAAGUUAUUGUAGAGAAGGAAAAAAGUGAUUGGCCAGAACCUAGCAUUAAAACAGAAGAAAAUGUAUGGAAUUAAACUAAGCUUUAAAAUCUGUUCAAAAAAAAUUUUCAAACAUUCAAGUUGACCAUUUAGAAGUACACUAGUACUACUAAGUAGUUGUAUUUAUAUUUUAAAUUGAGCUUAUUUUACACCUUGGCUUUCAUGGUGUUUUUCCUCUCUAGUCUUGUUAUGUAUUAAUUAAAUGUUUAAGAGUGAAGAUAGUUCUAAACCAUUUAGUUGAGAUUCAUUUUCCAGCAGAAUACGGUUGUGUAGAUCUUUGUUUGGUACC